CGAAAUGGGCGAAGAAAUGAUGAAAGAUGAUGAAAAUCGACCAGAAUAUGGUCUUCCUCGUCUCACCACGGCUCCUAAAAAUUCUUUCGCAACAGAAGGUGACAAUCUCACUGAAGAUAAAGAUGAAGAUGAAGACGAAGACGUUGAUGAAGACAAAAACUACCCGCAAGAUUGCAUGUCUUUCUUUGCUUUAGGGCCCAAAGGAGGACCCGACAAAAACAACAUUAUUCCCAUGCUCUAUGCAGGACUUGUUAUCGCUUUCCAAUUCUUUUUUCUUUAUCUCAUGAUCUUGAGCAGAAUGGUCAAAGAUUGGAACACUGAGAUCGACAUCGACAAUCCAAACAAAGAAUUCCGAUGGGGUGUCGCGCAUUUUCUGCCUGCAGAUGUCCCUUCGAUUGUUCGGGCUACACAAAUCGCAUCGCUUCUUGCAUUUGUUCUGUUUCCAGAAGAAAGUUUGUUUGAUUUUGGUAAAAAUGUGGUAUUCUUUCCACGGAAAGAAAAUGAGAACACUCCUAAGGAGAGAAGGGAAGAAAAUAUUCAUUUUGCGAGAAUCGCUUCCAUUCUUCAGGGUCUCCAGGGGUUGUUGGCCUGCUUGACCAUAAUCAUAUUGGUGAUGACUUCCACGGAUGUGAUUGAUAUUAUAUUGAAUUUCUCCGCCGUCGUAAGUAUUGUAAUUAUGCAUACCUUGUUGUGACUAUCACUUGAGUCUAUUACAUUUUCUUAUGUCGGAGUUUGUGCAUACUUUUUGCUACUUGUCACCGUGGUAAUUCAAGAAUUUCAUUUCUAGUUUUGAUGAUACUGCCUUCCAACUAGCGAGCUCAGGAAAGUAUGGUCCAAAAUUGAAACGUGCAGCUAAACACAUCGAAGGUAAACCUCUUACCGAUUGUAGGAAACCUGAAAAUGCUCGCUAUUUUCAGAAGAGGGAAAAGGUAGAAGCUCCUGAAGAGGGAAAAUACAGUGCAAAAUGCCUGCAUUGGUGUGGUUCGGUGUUUCUUGUGGGCCUUAUCCUAUUGCUAUUGGGUAUCUCAGUUGUUCAGUAUCAACGCAACAACAAAAAAUGGAGAACGCACAUGUUUCGAGUGCAAUUCGAUGAAGAAACAGGCCUAGAACGUUACAGUGGUUGCUACAGGUAUGAAAGAGGUAAUUCUUUCAUCGAGUCCGAUGGGAGAUUAGUAUACAGUAAUAAAGAUGAAGCUCAAGAAACCGCUAUGCUUGGGUACUGCCACGCGGAUCGUACAUGGGUGUUUGUCAAUUACAAUGAGUCAGAUCCGAAUCAAGAUUUUUGCGACAGCACAAAGGGUGAAAUUGCGCAUUCAGAGAAGACCAAUUCCUAUGACUUUUCAUCGGCUUUUGAAAUCGGGUGGAAAUCGCCUUUCAAUAAACCUCUUGAUGUUUAUUUCAUUGAUAAUCCAGGUAAUAAGAACGGAGACAAUGGAUUCUUUGAAUGUGACUCAAUCGCCAAUGAUGGAAAAUGCGACAAAGCUUUGAACAAUUUUGACUACAAAUAUGAUGGUGGAGAUUGCUGCGCUACGACAUGUACCCAUGCUGAUUGCCAUCCAGAGGAGGCCAAUCAGGCAUUUGGCGAAGACACACCGGGAGCUAAACAAUUUCAAUCUUGCAUAGAUCCAGAUAUGGUGGAUCUUACAAUCUAUCUUACUCGUUACAACUCAAAAGGCAUCCCUGAAUGGGCUAGAAAUAGUAAUUACAAUGACCUCGAAGAAUGGAAAAGCAACUGGAAGCCACCCUCUCUUUUGCUUGAGUGCAAUGGCAAUGUGGUAUUCUCGGUCCCUGUCAAUCCAAUUCUUUCGGACAUUACAGAACCGAGCGAGCAGUCCCCCAGCAUUAUUGCGAAGGUAGAACCUGACGCUAUUUGCAACCUCAACAUCAGCAAUUUUUUAACCGUCUGGGAUAUUAAUGUGGAAGUCAAUGACGAUAGAGUGACGACGAAUACACUCAGCAGUUCAAUUCCAAGCGAAAUCGGACGACUUACAAACUUGAUGGCACUUAACAUGGGUGAGUAGAGCUACAUAUUUUUUUCUUUUUAAGCAAAGGCUUGUAGCAACUAACCCUUGUUCAAUUCGCGACUUUUCAAGGUAAUCAAAGCCUCGCAGGAACAAUUCCAGUAAACAUAACGCACUUGCAUCUGGAGGAGCUUGAUUUGCGUAAGUCGUUCGUCCGUUUGCAAUCUUACUUUCAUUCAAAACGAAAAUUUGUCGACCCAAAUAAAAUCUUAUCACAUUUCCUUUUUCUUACAUCAAAAUGAAUACGGAAGAUAUGAACUCGAUUCAUGGUACAAUUCCCUACAGUAUUGACUCACUGAAGAAUUUGACGAAAUUGAGAUUAGGUAAGGGAAAGAAACUCAGUCGGUCUCUAACAGAAAACCAUGUAACAAUGUCAAUCUGACCUACGUAUUUUCCUUUCCUUCCCAAAACGAACAGAUUUUAAUACCCUAACUGGUUCUAUCCCCAACCGGCUUCAAUCCUUGGAAAAGUUAUUUCAUCUCGAUUUGAGUAAGUUCAAAACUGGAAUAAUUACAGAGAAAUGCAACUCCAUAUGCUAUUGUUUUUCUGUCACUUCUAUCAGUGUAUCGAAUCUCAUGUGUUCUGGAUUCCUCAUUGCCUACUUGACUGGUAUCGAUACAGGUUCAAAUAAAUUGAGUGGUAUUAUUCCGAAUGAAAUUGGUGAAUUGAC